AUGCAGCAUGGCCGCUUUGUUUACACCUGGGAUCAGCUGAUCACACAGCAGCCGCUUGGCAUGGUGACCAGGACAACGAACAUCCCAGAAGAACUUUGGAGACGGACACACAGGGGACACAGAGGGGGAAUAAACCAGCGCACGGGGAAAGCGAGGGAGAGACGGCGGAGGCUUAUGGAGAAAAAGGGAUAUAAGCCGCAUCUCCCCUCCAUCAUCAUGGGCAACUUGAGGUCGCUGGCUAAUAAGAUGGAAGAGCUGACAGCACUAGCCUGGAGUCAGAGAGAGUACCGGGAAUGUCUAAUGUGUCUAAUGUGCUUUUUGGAGACAUGGCUACACCAGGACAUCCCGGAUGACCAUGUUUCCAUCGAUGGCUUCCAGACUGUUCGGGUCGACCGGGGCUGCACCAAGAGCAUGAGUAGAUGGUCUGAGGAGACCUAUGAGGCGCUGCAGGAUUGCUUUGAGGCUACUGAUUGGCCGGCACUCUGUGAGCCACACGGAGAGGACAUCGAUGGGCUCACAGAGUGUAUCAUGGACUACAUUAACUUCUGUGUGGACUCCACUGUCCCCAGCAGGACUGUUAAAGGUUACCUAAACAACAAGCCGUGGGACAAAACCAACUCUCACUUCCUAUUUGUGAAGAAAGAUGGAGACAACAAAGCUGAAGGUCUUUUAGAAAAGGUCGUUUUCUCCACCCCCACCCUUUCUAUAUUAUUCUUUUUGGGUAUCAUUCGUUGUCAAGCCGCCAAAGUGGAGAGUGUGGUUGCAGAGGGGGGUGCUUCUCGUUUCAGUGCUUCUUCGGGCGGAGGAGGAGGUAGGGGUGCACCUCAGCACUAUCCCAAGACUGUCGGCAACAGCGAGUUCCUGGGGAAAACCCCAGGGCCUAGCGUUCAGAGAUGGGUUCCUUCACGAAGCACUAGACGAGAGGUCAGCUCCUCCAAUGAAAAAGAACGACACGAUGCAAUCUUCAGGAAAGUGAGAGGCAUACUUAAUAAACUGACCCCUGAGAAGUUUGACAAGCUAUGCCUUGAGCUUCUGAAUGUGGGCGUGGAUUCAAAGCUCGUCCUCAAAGGAAUCAUCUUGCUGAUUGUAGACAAAGCCCUCGAAGAGCCCAAGUAUAGCUCGCUAUAUGCUCAGCUAUGUCUGCGUUUGGCAGAGGAUGCACCAAACUUUGACAACCAAACAUCUGAGAUCCAGUCAUCACAAAAGCAGAGCACUACAUUCAGGAGACUUCUGAUAUCAAAGCUUCAAGAUGAAUUUGAAAAUCGCACCAGAAAUGUUGAAAUCUACGAUAAAAACGAUGGCCCUCUUACCUCUGAAGAAGAGGAGCAGCGUGCCAUUGCCAAGAUCAAAAUGCUGGGCAACAUCAAAUUCAUUGGAGAGCUUGGCAAACUUGAUCUCAUUCAUGAGUCUAUCCUUCAUAAGUGCAUCAAAACACUUCUGGAAAAGAAGAAAAGAAUCCAACUUAAAGAUAUGGGGGAGGAUUUGGAGUGCCUCUGUCAGAUAAUGAGAACUGUGGGGCCUAGACUUGAUCAUGAGAAAGCCAAGUCUUUAAUGGAUCAGUACUUUGGCCGCAUGCGAUCCUUAAUGAACAACAAGGACUUGCCUGCAAGGAUUCGUUUCCUGCUGCAGGAUACUGUAGAGCUGCGAGAGAACAACUGGGUGCCUAGGAAAGCUUUUAUCGAUAAUGGACCUAAGACUAUCAACCAGAUCCGCCAGGACGCAGUGAAGGAUUUGGGUGUGUUCAUUCCAGCUAUGACCUCAGGAAUGAGGACUGACUUCUUUCAAGAGAACCCCUUCUUGCCAACAAGGAUGAGCAGAGAGGCCCUCGGAGGGUUAGCUGAUAUGUUCGGACAAAUGCCGGGUAGUGGGAUUGGAACUGGACCUGGGGUAAUACAAGACAGGUAUUCCCCCACCAUGGGCCGUCACCGUGUAAAUCCGCUUUUCAAUGGCCACGGCGGCCACAUGGCUCCCGCUUCCCAGUCUCAGUUCGACAAGCCUUUCAUGAAACCUAACCAGGGGCAGAAUCUGCUUUUCCAGAACCAAACUCAACAGCAAGCUCAGUCCAAGGAUAUGCCACCAAGAUUCACCAAGAAAGGACAGUUGAAUGCUGAUGAGAUUAGCCUGAGACCUGCUCAGUCAUUUCUUCUGAACAAAACCCAAGUGCCAAAGCUGCAACCGCAGAUACCCACAAUGAUUCCUCCCAGUGCUCAACCCCCACGCACAUCCACUCCUCCGCUUGGACAGCCACCACAGCUUGGCCUGAAAACCAAUCCUCCUCCCAUUCAGGAGAAGCCUCAGAAGACAAACAAGAAACCACCUCCUGCCAAAGAGGAGCUGCUCAAGAUGACUGAGACCGUUAUGAACGAGUUUCUGAAUAGCAAGAACAUCAGUGAUGCUGUGAACGGAGUGAGGGAGAUGAAGGCUCCUAAACACUUCCUGCCAGAGAUGUUGAGCAAAAUCAUUGUCUGCUCGCUGGACUGUCCAGAUGGCGAUAAAGAGCACGUCAGCAGUCUGAUCCAUGCACUUCGUACUGAGGGGCUGAUUACAGGGGAGAACUUCAUGCAGGCAUUCCUUAAUGUUUUGGACCAAUGUCCUAAGCUUGAGGUUGACAUUCCCCUGGUGAAGUCCUAUCUGGCUCAGUUUGCUGCCCGUGCUAUCAUUGCUGAGCUCAUGAGCAUAGCAGACCUGGCCCACCCUCUGGAGAACGGCACCCACUUUCCUCUUUUCUUGCUCUGUCUUCAGCAAACAGCUAAGCUGAAGGAUAAGGAGUGGCUGACCGAUCUGUUUCAGCAGAGUAAGGUCAACAUGCAAAUGAUGCUGCCAGAAAUAGACCAAAACAAAGACCGCAUGUUGGAAAUUUUGGAGGGGAAGGGCCUGAGUUUCUUGUUCCCCCUCAUGAAAUUGGAGAAGGAGCUUCUGAAGCAGAUCAAAGCUGAUCCAUCUCCACAGUCCAUCUACAAAUGGAUCAAGGACAACAUUUCUCCCAAGCUUCAUACUGACAAAGGUUUUGUCAACAUUCUGAUGACAAGCUUUUUGCAGUACAUAUUCCAGGAGAUGUAUUCCAGCGACGAAGAUGACCAGUUAUCAGCACCUUCUAAAGAACAGCUUGACCAGGAGAAGCAGCUGCUACUUGCUUUCAAACCGGUGAUGCAAAAAUUCCUGCAUGAUCACGUGGACCUGCAAGUCAGUGCUCUGUAUGCGCUGCAAGUGCACUGCAAUACCAAGGCUUUUCCCAAAGGAAUGUUACUGCGCUACUUUGUCAACUUUUAUGAUAUGGAGAUAAUUGAAGAAGAAGCCUUCCUUGCAUGGAAAGAAGAUAUUACCCAAGAGUUUCCUGGCAAAGGAAAAGCAUUGUUCCAGGUGAACCAGUGGCUUACCUGGUUAGAAACGGCUGAAGAAGAGGAGUCUGAGGAGGAGGCUGACUAAGAAACCAGCCAAAGCCUUAUGGUGCAAAGAUGAAAUUGUUGUUUUUUUUGUUUUUUUUUUCUCACUUUUCUUAACCUACGGUGUUCUCCCUCUCACCCUCCACACCUUCUCCUUUUUGUUUUGCUUCAGUGACCUGCAUUCUCCAUUGCUAAACUUCAGUCUGCAGUACUGGGUUGUGAUGGGGGUUUUUUUUUUUUUUUUUUUUUGCCCCUUACUCAUAAGGCAUGUAAUGGUUUACUAUCUGUUCACGAACCAGUUAAAAAUGGUCUUAGCGGCUUAACCUUUUUUUUUUCUUUUUUUUUUAAUAUAAAUGUAUUUGCAAGAACCUUUCCAGCUGCUGUUCACUCUUAACACAACUGUAGAAAUGCACUGUGCUAAGUGUCAUGAGUUGUUGCAAUACACUCCCAUGAUUGUUACAAAGGAUCCGUAACUGUAAUCAGUGGAAACCAUACGUUAAGUCGGUUUGUUUCUACCUCUUUAGUAAUGGGGUUUAGUCUGCUGGGUUGAAUUAAGUCCCUCCUCAAAUGGAGGAAAGCCUACUCUCCAAGCCUGUGAUGGAAAAAUCAUGGUUUUAUUUUUUUUGUUUGGCUAUAAUCUGAUUUAAGGUGGCUCCCCACUCCUCCCCCUGCCGUUAAUGAAAAGCCAUGUGGGAGAAAUGGAUUUCCCUCCCCCCCCAACCCAUGUUUGUCCCCUCCAUUACUUGUCAAACUUUUGAUACUUGAAUUUUUUUUUUUCUUUCUUUACAGCAUGUUCAGGGAUUACCAGACAUGGCCUGUUCAGAUGCAACAUUUUGAAACAGCAAUGUGUAAACAUGAAUUUUUAGAUUGAAGACUUUUAAUUGAUGAAAUAAAGCUAAAUAAGUAUUGACAUCUGAAAUUUGGAAUUGCCAACCAUCACUUUGUGAACCUAACAAUGUUUUGCCAUAAUAUCUGAUACCUAUUUAUUGAACCUUAUGAAAGAAUCAGUGAUGCUUUAUCUCUAGGUAGAACAAUAAAACUUGAUGCAUACAUCUGUACAAUGAGUUACCUGCUAUUUAAAGUGUUACUGUAAGAUGUAAAAGCUCAGAAUGUUCUGUGUACCACUAUUGCUUAACUUUCAAUAAAGUUACACACCAGGAUUCA